AUGGAGGUGAAAGAUAAAAGAUUUAAGCCCGGUCAUGUUUAUCAAAAAUGCUUUUCACCUACAUCCGAUUCUCCUAUAAGUCCCACUAUGGUUCCUCCGGAUCUUCCUAUGGCAUCCGAUCCUAUUCUACCGAUCGCUAAUGAUCCAGCUCCUAUCCGAAGAAGUUCUAGAACUUAUAAACCUCUUGAUCGGUAUGGAUUUACAUCUCAU